GCCAAACAACGACGACUUCGAUAGUCAGGAUUGAUCCUCUACACUAGUUGACAUUCCAGAAUUUAAUUUUGAUUCAUCAAUAGAAGGCAUAUCAGUAAACAAAGAGAAUGUAAACAAUCCUCGGGAUAUGUUUGAUAUUGUUUUUCCUAAACAUUUCGUCGAUUAUAUUGUGCAAUGUACAAAUGCCUAUGGUAAUAAGUUGUGUUCUACUAACAGACCCCACACCAGACAUAGUCGAAGGGCUGUAUUUCGAGAGACUAAUAAUGAAGAAAUAUUGAAAUUUUUGGGUCUAUGUUUGCUGAAAGGACAUGUUAAAUGCCCUAAACAACGUAACCUGUUUACCUACACAAAUCAUUUGUAUUAUCACCCAAUUUUUACAUAUGUUAUGUCUGCUAGAAGACAUGAGCAAUUAUUGCGUUGUCUUUACGCUUCUGAAGUUGAUGCUAAGGGAUCAAGAAAAAUAACUCCGUUUAUUGACACAGCUACAGCACAUUUUCAAAAGAUUUACAAUGCUGGUAAAAAACUUUCUUUAGACGAAUCUUUACUUCUAUUCCGAGGGCGAUUGCAAUUUCGUCAAUAUAUUAAAUCUAAAAAGGCUCGUUACGGUAUCAAGUUCUAUGAGCUCACAACGUCGGAUGGAUAUGUCUUGAAUAUUUACAUGUAUUGUGGUAAAGAAAAUCUAGAAGAAAACAUUUCAAAGACUGAAGACCUAGUUUUGAGGCUAAUGCGACCUUACCUUUUGAAGGGACACCAUUUAUAUAUGGACAACUUUUAUAACUCUGUUAGCUUGUGCAAGAAAUUACUCGGUUUGAGAACUCACACUGUUGGAACGUUGCGGUCAAAUAGGAAAGGUAAUCCUGACAGUAUUGUAAAGAAAAAAUUAAAGAAAGGUGAACACGUUUGGGUCCGAAAGAACAAUGUUUACGUAUCUAAAUGGAGGGAUAGUCGCCCUGUCCUGAUGAUUUCUACAAACACUCAUCCUACAAUGGUUGAAGUACAAAACAGAUUUGGAAGAAAGAAGAUGAAGCCUCUUGAGGUGGCGACUUAUAAUAAUCAUAUGUCAGGAAUUGAUCGCUUAGACCAAAUGGUCUCUUAUUAUUCAAGCCCUAGAAAAACAAUUCGUUGGUAUAAAAAAGUAUUAUUUCAUCUUUUAGACAUAUCAGUGUGGAAUGCAUAUUUUUUGUACAAAAAAUACAAAAAAAAUAAUGACAAAAGUUAUGAAUUUAUUAUUUUUAGAGAGGAAUUGAUAAAAGACUUGAUAAAACUCGAUACUAAUAUAAAUGUAAAGGACUUGGUCAACAAGAAAAGUAUGCAUUACAACAGGCUACACAAUAAUAUACCAGCAAUUGAGCGUAAUGAGAGAUCUUUAGAUAGAAUGAAGGGCCACUGGCCUGAACGAAUUGAAUCUAAUCCUGGCAGCAAGAAAAAAUAUGCUUUUUUAAAAUGCCGUGUUUGUUCCAAAGAUGGAAAACGCGUAGAAACUAGUUACCGUUGCAAAGGAUGUCCACAAAACCCUCCACUUUGUCCAUCUUGCUUCGAGGCCUGGCAUAACGAAAUUAAUUUAUAAUAACAUAAUUACCAGUAAUUUCUAAGGUCAUUUUGUUUACUAAUUUUUUAUUAUGAAAGUUGAUUUAUUAUGAGUAAAAGUUUCGUACCUACCUAAUUAUUAAUUAACAUUAUUAUUGAUCUCACACUCCUAAGAUUGUUUUGUUAUAAGAAAGUUGAUUUAUUAUAAGUAAAUGUUUAGUCGCUAAUUAUAGUUCAACAUAUAAUUGAU